CCCGGGCCCGGACUCGGACUCCCUCCCCCUCCGGGGGCGGCACCACCACGACCAGGAUAUUGUAACAGGACCCAGUCCCCUGCUCUUCAGGAAACUCAGCAAUCCGGAUAUUUUUUCUUCUCCUGGAAAAGCCAACCUCCACCGCCAGCUUAGUCAGGAUGACUGUAAACUACGGAGAGGAAGCCUGGCCAGUUCUCUGUCUGGAAAGCAGCUGCUUCCCUUAUCGAACAGCGUGCACAGCGGUGUAGGACAGCUGACAUGGCAGGCACUUGGGGAAGCAUCAAACUUGGUUCGGAUAAGAAACCAGUCCCUGGGCCAGUCUGCCCCGUCUCUUACUGCCGGUCUGAAAGAAUUGAGCCUUCCUAGAAGAGGAAGCUUAAUUUCUUCUCUCUGCCGAGGAGCUGAAGCUCAGCCACCCUCGCCCUGGCCCCUACCUGCUCCCGCCGCCACUAAGCACCCUAAAAUUCCACUGAGUGCCGAUUGCGCUCUGGCAACUUCUCCUCUUCCGUUUUUCCUGAACCCACACCCCCAGAGCAAUCCCGGCAGCCCCUGCUUCAGCCAUCCGCUCCAGUGGAGCUGCCGGACCAGUAACCGCAAGAGUCUAAUCGUAACCUCCAGCACAUCACCGACGUUGCCUCGGCCACAUUCGCCUCUCCAUGGACACCCAGGUAGCAGUCCUCUGGACAGCCCCCGAAACUUCUCUCCAAAUGCACCUGCUCACUUUUCCUUUGUUCCUGCCCGCAGCCAUGGACACAGAGCAGACAGGACGGAUGGUCGUCGCUGGUCCCUGGCAUCUUUGCCUUCCUCGGGCUAUGGGACCAACACUCCCAGUUCGACGGUUUCAUCGUCAUGCUCAUCCCAGGAGAAGCUGCAUCAGCUGCCCUUCCAGCCAACGGCCGACGAACUGCACUUCCUGACGAAGCACUUCAGCACCGAGAGCAUCACUGACGAAGAGGGGCGACAGUCUCCAGCCAUGAGGCCCCGAUCCCGCAGUCUCAGUGCAGGCUACAUGGCAGUUGCCUUGGGACCUUCUAAGUGUAGUUACAAAGUAAUCCACAGGAACAGCGUUAACACGGACUGCCUUCACAUCAAGAACUUUCUUAACUCCAAGAGCCAAAGUUACAAGCAAGUGAGCUCCAGCCCUGGCCGCUCCCCAAUUUCCUUUGACAGUGAAAUCAUAAUGAUGAAUCAUGUGUACAAGGAAAGAUUUCCCAAGGCCACUGCACAGAUGGAGGAGCGGCUGGCUGAGUUUAUUGCCUCCAAUGCUCCAGAGAACGUGUUGCCUCUAGCAGAUGGAGCCCUGAGUUUUAUUCAUCACCAGGUUAUUGAGAUGGCCAGAGACUGCCUAGACAAGUCCCGGGAUGGACUUAUCACUUCACGGUACUUCUACGAACUCCAGGAGAAUUUGGAGAAACUCCUGCACGAUGCCCACGAGAGAUCCGAGAGCUCCGAGGUGGCUUUUGUCACCCAGCUGGUGAAGAAGCUGAUGAUUAUCAUCGCGCGCCCAGCACGUCUGCUGGAGUGCCUGGAGUUUGAUCCCGAGGAGUUCUACCAUCUGUUAGAAGCUGCUGAAGGCCAUGCAAAAGAAGGGCAAGGCAUCAAAUGUGAUAUUCCACGUUACAUCAUCAGUCAGCUGGGCCUCACCCGGGAUCCCUUGGAGGAAAUGGCCCAGUUGAAUAGCUAUGACAGUCCAGACACUCCAGAGACAGACGACUCAGUUGAGAAUCGGGGAGCAACAGUGCAGUCAAAGAAAACACCCUCCGAAGAGGAGUUCGAAACCAUCAAGCUCAUCAGCAAUGGGGCUUAUGGAGCCGUGUUUCUGGUGCGGCACAAGUCGACCCGCCAGCGCUUUGCCAUGAAGAAGAUCAACAAACAGAACCUGAUUCUGAGGAAUCAGAUCCAGCAAGCGUUCGUAGAGAGAGACAUCCUCACCUUCGCUGAGAAUCCCUUUGUGGUCAGCAUGUUCUGCUCCUUUGAGACCAGGCGUCACCUGUGUAUGGUGAUGGAGUAUGUGGAAGGCGGAGACUGCGCCACUCUACUGAAGAACAUCGGUGCCCUGCCCGUGGACAUGGCCAGGAUGUAUUUUGCCGAGACGGUCCUAGCCCUGGAGUACCUGCACAACUACGGCAUCGUCCAUCGGGACCUGAAACCCGACAACCUCCUGAUAACCUCCAUGGGUCACAUCAAACUCACAGACUUCGGACUUUCCAAAAUAGGACUCAUGAGUCUCACGACGAAUCUGUACGAGGGGCAUAUUGAGAAAGAUGCCAGAGAAUUCCUGGAUAAGCAGGUCUGUGGGACUCCAGAAUACAUUGCUCCAGAAGUAAUCUUGAGACAAGGCUAUGGCAAGCCAGUGGACUGGUGGGCCAUGGGGAUUAUCUUGUAUGAGUUUCUGGUGGGUUGUGUUCCGUUCUUUGGGGACACGCCAGAAGAGCUGUUUGGCCAAGUAAUCAGUGAUGAAAUUGCUUGGCCAGAGGGCGAUGAUGCCUUGCCUCCCGACGCCCAGGACCUCACAUCCAAACUUCUCCACCAAAACCCUCUGGAAAGGCUGGGAACAGGCAGCGCAUUUGAGGUGAAACAGCACCGGUUCUUUAAAGAUUUGGACUGGACCGGGUUACUCCGCCAAAAAGCCGAGUUCAUCCCCCAGCUGGAAUCCGAGGAUGACACCAGCUACUUUGACACCCGGUCGGAAAGAUACCACCACGUGGAUUCGGAAGAAGAGGAGGACACAAACGACGACGAUCGUGUGGAAAUCCGGCAGUUCUCCUCUUGCUCGCCGAGGUUCAGUAAGGUUUACAGCAGCAUGGAGCGGCUCUCCCUCCACGAAGAAAGGAAAACCCCACCGCCCACCAAGCGGAGUCUGAGCGAAGAAAAAGAAGAUAAGCUGGACGGGCUUUGUGGCCUGAAGAGUCGGGACCGGAGCUGGGUGAUUGGGUCUCCAGAAAUAUUACGCAAGCGGCUCUCGGUGUCGGAGUCCUCCCACACGGAGAGCGACUCGAGCCCGCCGCUGACGGUCCGGCGCCGCUGCUCGGGCCUGCUGGACAUGCCCCGCUUUGCCAUCUCGGCCGAAGACGACGGCGGCGCCCAGCGGAAGCAGCAACUGCACCAGCCAGAGGGGACGUUACUGGCGGUGGCUCAGGCCCGGGAAGGGGUGCCCCUGCCCAUCCUGGAGCAACCAGUGGAGCGCGAGCUGAAGCGAGAUGAGGAUUCGGGUUUGGCCACGGCUUCUUCGGGCACCAGCAACGUCAGCGGCCCGGUCACACCAGCCGGGAGCAGCGCCGACCUGUCCGACCAGCGGGCCCGCAGCAACAGCAGCGAGGCGUCCGACGGCUGCGCUCCCAAGGCCAUCAGCGACCUGGCGGUCCGCCGCGCUCGCCACCGGCUGCUCUCCGGGGAGGCGGGAGAGAAACGCACCUCCAGGCCCGUCAACAAAGUCAUUAAGUCGGCGUCGGCCACUGCCCUCUCCCUCCUCAUCCCCUCCGAUCAUCAUUCCUGUUCACCGCUGGCCAGCCCGAUGUCGCCACACUCCCAGUCCUCAAACCCGUCUUCCCGGGACUCGUCUCCGAGCAGGGACUUCUCGCCCGCCGUCACCAACCCCAAGCCCCCGAUCGUCAUCCACCGCGCCGGGAAGAAGUACGGCUUCACCCUCCGAGCCAUCCGCGUCUACAUGGGGGACACGGACGUGUACACGGUGCAGCACAUGGUCUGGCAUGUGGAAGAAGGCGGACCCGCCAGCGAAGCUGGACUGCGGGAAGGGGAUCUCAUCACCCACGUGAACGGGGAGCCGGUCCACGGCUUGGUGCAUACCGAAGUGGUGGAGUCGAUCCUGAAGAGCGGAAACAAAGUUUCCAUCUCCACAACGCCUUUUGAGAACACCUCGAUCAAAGUUGGCCCAGCUCGAAAAGCCAGUUACAAAUCCAAGAUGGCACGCCGGAAUAAGAAAAGCAAAACGAGAGACGGGCAGGAGAGCAAGAAGAAGAACUCACUGCUACGUAAGAUCACCAAGCAGGCGUCCUUGUUGCACACCAGUCGCAGCCUGUCCUCCCUCAACCGCUCGCUGUCCUCCGGCGAGAGCGUGCCUGGGUCCCCGACGCACAACCUGUCUCCUCGCUCGCCCACCCAGAGCUACAGAUCCACCCCGGAAUCGGUGCACUCAGUGGGCGGAACGUCUUCUCAGAGCAGCUCCCCCAGCUCCAGUGUCCCCAACUCUCCGGCCAGCUCUGGGCACAUCCGCCCCUGCUCUCUGCACGGCCUGGCCCCCAAACUCCAGAGGCAGUACCGCUCUCCAAGGCGCAAGUCUGCCGGCAACAUCCCUCUGUCGCCGCUGGCGCACACUCCAUCCCCAACCCCCCAGUCCACGUCCCCCCAGCGCUCCCCAUCCCCGCUGCCUUGCCACUCGGUGCAGUCCUUCCCGGGGAAGUUGCACUCCUCCCCGCCCCUGGUGCGGCAGAUCUCCAGGCCCAAGAGCGCCGAACCUCCACGGUCGCCCCUCCUCAAGAGGGUCCAGUCUGCCGAGAAGCUGACCUCCUCCCUGUCCUCGUCGGAGAAGAAGCUGGCUGCCUCUCGCAAGCACAGCCUGGACAUCUCCCACUCAGAGUUCAAGAAGGAGAUGCUGCAGAGGGACCCCGGCCUGCAGAGCCUGCAGGAGUCCGUGAACGAGACGGUGGCGGCGGGCAAGGCGGGCCUGGCGGAGAAGGGCGCCCUGCAGAAGCCGCCCUCCCGGAAGCUGGGCGCCAUCCGGCAAGACAGGGUGGACAGGAGGGAGUCCCUGCAGAAGCAGGAGGCCAUCCGGGAAGUGGACUCGUCCGAGGACGAGACGGACGACGGCUCCGAAGACAGCCAGGAAGGAAGGAGGCCGGACCGGCCUUCCCUCGGAGCCGAGGCGGGGCCGGACGUCUUGGGCGGUGGGCGGCCCGGAGCCCCGUCGGAAAGCAAGGGGGUUGGGGAAGAUGACGCCUUCCUCCCGGAGGGGCCCCGGAGCACGGGAGGCCCCCCCCCAAGAUGCCUCGCGGGCAGGGCCGGGAAUCUCGCCGGGACACCCGGGCAACAGGGCCACCAGCGAGCCCACAGCCGGAUUGGAGGGAGUGACCGGGGAAGACCACCAGCUGCUAGGGGGUCUGCCCCCCGAGUUCGGCGGCCCAGGAGGGAACCCCGAGGGUCCGGGUGCGGCAGGGCGAGCCGCCAGCCCAACAGAGAGAAUCCCUCAUGGGGCCCAGGCAGGAAGCCGUGAGCGCUCCCACCACAGCAGGUUGACCCCAGAGGAGCCAGGCGCCCCCCGGGCCAACCAGAAACCGCAGCCCGAUCCUGGCCCGGCUCCGUGGCCGGCAGGCCCCCUGGGUUGUCCGGUUCCCGACCCCCUGCGGGGACUCACACCCUCGGAGACGGGCCGGCAGCCCCACGGGCCGCCGCCGCCGAGCUGGCAGAGCGUGAGAGAUGACAGGCCCGCUGGAACUCCCGGGCCCGAUGCCCCGGAGGCUCCGGCACUGGCCCCUGGCGUGCCGGAGAGCAAGAGGCAACUGGACACCCCGGGCGGCCCUCCAACGGGCACCGCCGUCUCCGGACCUGGCGGCUGGAGCGAUCGCGAGAGAACCCUACAGGCUUCCCAGCAGGCCAGCGUAGCUACCAGCGUCUUGGGCCCCCUCAAACUCAAUCGACCCAGCGGCCCCAAGGAGCCCGGAGGGACACUCGCUACCUCCCAGGCCGACGCGUCGAGGAGACGAGAGAGCGAUUCGAAGCAGAGCAGGCUGGAGGUCCCUAAAGUGGCGGCAGGCCCGGAGAACCCCAGUCUCGCCAGCAUAGAUGGCCCCGCCUCGCCGCUAGGAUUUCCCAAAGAGACCCCCGAGCCUGUCGCCCUCCCCUCCACCGAGAAAAAGGAGCCCGGCCCCGGUGGGUCCCGGGCACCCAUGGCCCCGGUGGACAGUAAGAAAGCUCCGCCAUCCAAAGACCACCCCGUCUCCCCGAGCCCUCAGGCCGUCCCGACGGACGGCGGCCCGCGGCCCGGCGGAGAGGAGGCGGCCGUCCCGAGGAGGAGCCGGGAGGCCGUGAGCCACACGGAGCUCCAGGACGCUCACUUGUCGCCCGCUGAGGGUUUGAAGAGAACAUAACGGCGCCCCAGGUUUACAGCCAGAGACUGAUGGCACCCCGGACCCUCCGUACGACACACGAAGCUAAAGAGAACCGGGGGGCGGGGCGAGGGCGGUUCUGGGUCGGAGUGGGGUGAGAGGGCACGGCUCCUCUGCUCACCCUUGUCUUUCCUCAUCUUGGCGCUCUUAUUUUUGUACACACUGUGCUCGUGGUUUGGGGUCUCUUUGGAACAGGGUAGCCUGCUAGGUAGGGCGAGGACCAGGGCCCAGGCCAUCCUUCACCAGAGGGGUCCCCUCACCUCAGCGAGAGGAAAAAUGGGGGGUGAUGGGGCUGCCUCGCCCGGAUCAUUUCUCGCCUCUGUUCCUCUCUCUCCCUUCAAAUGCAAUAUUGGGGGGCCCCAUGGGUUCUUAUUCCCAUGGUCCCUGCAGUUGGACUCCCCCCCACCCCCCUUCCCCCCCCGGUUGCGGGGAGCAGCCGUCUGGUAAGGAACCGUCUGCCCAGGUCCCGGCUUGAGCCGAGGAAGGGAUGAUUCUGUUGCUUCUCUUGAAAACGUUUUUUCUUUUUUUAAAAAAAUUUCAGCUCGCUUCUUAUAUAAAAAGAUCAAAGCAGUGGGUCUCUGCUCCCCACAGGCUACUUGCUUUGGUGGGGGAGUUUUUUGGUUAUUUUAAAGGCAGCCUGCCCUCCAGUUUUAAGCAUUUUAAUUGGAAUUUCUGUCUCUGUUUUCUUCGUCUACCUGCUCCUCUCACCCACCCUUCCCUCCUCUCAACUCCAGCCGGCUCCCAGAGCCCAAGGAUGCUUGCCCUACCUCCACCCGUAACACGGGGCCGGGGGGAGGUCUCAAGCAGGGGGCCGGUUGACCUGACGAAAGCAAAGUUGACUCCUGGCCAGGGUGAUUGGGUUCAUUUGCCGUGAGCGGCCUUGGGAUGCAGGGAGUUUUCCCGGGAAGAGCGAGUCAGGAUCUUGGUGGAUCGGAAAGAAGGGCGGGGGACUUUUCACGGUGCCAGAGGGCGUUUUUGCUCACCCGCUUCACCUGGUCAGUCGUUCACCUGUUUGCUCGAAGAGAACUCCCCAUCCUCUCAGAAUCGAGGCUUGUCGGGAAAAGCGGGCAGCUCCGGUGUCAGGAGCCCCCCAGCUCCGAGGGGGCUGAUGCCACAGAGCGAAGCCGUGACCCCGGCCCCUCGAGGCGUUCCUCCCCCGCCCCCAGCCCAGGGCCACCCCGGGCCUCCCACAUCGACCUCCGACGGUCCAUCCAAUUCAAGCAUCCGCAGAACCUCGGCCGAGAACGCUGUUCUCUCAGCCUUCCGAAGGCCUCUGCGCAUAACAGAAGGCCCGAGUGUAGCCAUUUUCCUAGGGGGCCUCAGGCAGAAAACACUGAAAUUAAUAAUAGCGGUGCUGCGGACCACUGGUCCUUUUUCAUUUCCUGACAAUCUAGGGGCAAGGAGCCGCGGUUAGAGCUCCCUCGGUUAGACGUGCUCUGCUCCCCUCCCGAGUUCUUCCUUCCUGUAUUCCGGGUCGUCCCCGAAAAUCUCUGCCCAGCCCCCCAUCUUACAAUAGGCAGCCUCUCGAUCACCCUCCUAUCCCACAACCCCAGAAGUGCAGUCGUCAAACUUGUAGCCUGGCUUCUCUUCCCAGGCCACUUUUCUUUCAAUCAUUCUCCAAAUUUCAACCCGGACUAAUUUGCUCUGAUUUGGGAGUGGGGUGGUCAUGCUUCCUUAGUCAAGCAUUCAGCAGUUCCUCUUCUGUUUUGUGGCUUGUGCGCGCGUGUGUGUGUGUGUGUUUACAGUGAUAGCCUAACCUUUGGGGCUUCCGUCGGGCUCUGGGGCAGAGGCUUGGGGGAGUUGGGACAGGAGUGGGACAGGAGAGUCUCCCGACCCCACUCCGCCACUGGCUCAGCACCCCGUGAACGGGAUUACCGUCCCAGAGCUCAGUGAAGGACCUGAAAGAAUGUACUCGAGUGUCGAUGUCAGCACAUUUUUGGGGAUUUAGCCAUUAAGAGCCGGGUGGCGAUUGGAGGGAGCUCACACGACCUGGGCAUUUCCAGCAGGGAAUCGUGUGGGAAAACUCAGAGGUGAUCAUCCGCGGCCUCAGGCUCCCGACAGUGCCCGUUUAGCAGGGCGGUGUGAUCGAUAAUGGGCCGGCAAGGGCCAGACCCGACGGGCUUCAAAUUACUUGAGAGGCGUGGGAAGCCCAGGCUCAACAGGGCCAAAGGCUCCUGAGAAAAGGCCCCUCUGUGCCCAAAGAAAUGAGUGAUGGAUGGCAUGGUUCCCCCCACACCUUUUCCAGGCCGGGCGGGGCCCGGAGAAUCUGACCCCCCCGAGAACUCCCCUGGCCUGGUAAAGUAGUGAGCACUGAGAAAGGCAGGGGCCGCAGACAGAGGUCUCCAGGGCACGUUUGGGGUGGGGAAAGCAGACCUCCACUAGUUCUGAAGAGAUGAGGCACCGGGGGUCCGCAGGUCAUCAUUCGCUCGCUCUCAUUGCUUGUCCUUUUUCCAGUGCCCGUCGCUCAAACAGAAAGUCAAUUCCAGGCGAAGGCAACCGAGGGCCAGGCGACGACUUUCAAGCCCCAGAAGGGGUUCAGUUUCGGUUUUGCCCCUCUCUCCCCCUCUCCCCCGCCUCCAGCCUCUGAAGCAUCCGGUAGUGUUGGGAGAAGGUAGGUGGGGAGAGAGGCCCCACACAUCCCUUCUGCUCCCGGAGCGGAUCAUUUUAUUCUCCCAGAAACUAACGGGGCGAGCUAGGCCCUCAGACGAAACCUUAAGAGGGUUGGACCCAAAACAACUGGGGGUGGGGAGGUGAGGAAGAAGGGAAAGAUAUGGGUACUCACAAAUAGGACUUGCAGGAGGAGACCAGAAAAUGCUGUAGAGCCAGCAGAGAAACAAAAAGGUGGAAGAGUGCAGUGACUGGCGAGGAGAUGGGUAGAGGGAAAUCUGGAAGAGGUAGGAGGUAUAUGUGUGUAUGUGUGUGUAUGUUCUCAUGUACCCGCGUAUAACACCCAUCCAUCUAAGCCUGUUGCUUUUCCUUUAUUUUCAUCGGCCUGCCCCUUUCAUUUUGUUUUUAGAGACGUGAAAUGGAGUUUUCUCCAUUCGGUACAGUCGCUUUUACAUGUCUGUAUCCAACUUGUGUUUCUGUUCGGCUCAAGUGUUUUGGUUUUGUUGGUUUUGGUUUUUUGUUGGUUUUUUUUUUUUUUUACUUCACUGUUGUAGCGUAGAGGACUAAUAGUAUUUAUUGUAAAUAUUAGGCUUUAGUAUGGUAACCGCUGCUCCCAGAGACCCCGCUGGAGGCCCCUGGCCCUCUGGAGAACCGCAGGAUGUGUGUGGUGGACGAUGGGUAAUCGGUGUGACUUGUAGCGUGCCCGUCCACACCGAGUCUGUGUGUGAUUUGGACUGAGUUGUGUUUUCUCCCUGAAGGGGGAGGGUACGGUCUUUCUCCGGUUUCCCCUUACUGGACGUUAUGGGUGACGCUGUCCUUCUAGUAGAAAACCCUGACAAGUCUGUGUGUGUUUCCACUGUGUCUCAGCAUCAUAUCGAGAAGUCCCCGGGUACUCAGAGAACAAGGGACCCAGUGAAGUCUAGGAUGAACUGACUUAUCCAAGUGUUGGUAGAAACUUGAACGAUUGCCACAUAAUAGCAGUGCAAUAAUUUUUAUUCCUGUUGUACCUGCAUGUUGAUGUUCAAACCCUCCUCCAAAAUAAAUUUUUUUUUUUUUUUU